AUGGCUUCGAAUAGAACAUCGUCUGCUGAAGGCACUGGUGAUAGGUCUUGCGUCACAGCAGACGAGACCACUUCCCUGUUAACGAGCAACAGUCACGCGGUGGCGUCAAAAGCCGACCUUGGCCGUGAAGUCUGGAUCUUGUUUCGGUCUGCAUUGCCAAGCAAAGAUGAACGGCCCAUCGCGCGCCUACCUCGGGUACUUGCUACAAAAUGCUCUGCAGCUCGCGACUAUUGCAAUUAUAGGGCGACUAGUGUGUCCCUAAGCAAUUUUUGGCUCUACGCGGGAAUACUGAGACUCGCGCAGGGCCCUCUUCAACUGUCCAUUGCGGCUUCCGGGUUCAUGAUCGCUACUUGUACAGCAUGGCUACUGGCUGUUGGGGGCACUACUGCCUUGGUCGUUGUGUUGUGGUGCUCGAUUGGACCGAUUCUAGCAUUCUGUGGCCAAUCCGAUGAGCUGGCUUAUGGUACACAAUCGUUCUUGCGAUGCCUUUCCCCAUUUGGCCUGGGCUACGUGUACUUCGAGACAUUGAAGAAGUACCUACAAUGCCAAAUGUUUCAGCACCUUAUUCCAUUCGUUCGAUUGGUCAUAUACGGCUUGCUCAUGGUUGGAGCUGAAUGGUGGGCAUUCGAGCUCAUCGCCAUUGCUGCUGGAGCUCUAGGAGAUCAAGAGAUCGCCGCGCAAUCAAUUCUGAUGACUGUCGACUCUAUCCUAGCCUUAGUACCAUUUGGACUCGGUGUCGCAUCAACGAAUCGGGUGGGCAGCCUUCUGGGGCAGAGACAGCUACAGCAAGCGCGUACUGCGACUCGGGCUUCGUCGCUACUUGCCACUGCCUACGGCUCCCUCUCGAUGAUAACCCUAAUAUCAUUGCGAGGACCGAUUGCGGGCUUCUUUACCAACGACAGAAAAGUCAUCAUGCUUGCCGUCUCGGUCUUCCCUUGGGGUGCUGCCUUUCAAAUAUUUGACUCUUUGCAAGCUGCAAAUUCAGGUUGUUUGCGUGCCCUCGGCCGUGCUGACAUUGGAGCUACAUUCAACUUGAUUGCCUACUACGCAAUCGCGAUUCCCGUGGGUCUCACUACCGGAUUCUGGUUGAAUUGGGGACUGCACGGUCUCUGGCUCGGUCUUACUAUUGCCCUCGCCUGCGUAGGCCUCGGCGAGUUUUCGCUCCUGAACUUCGUACCUUGGGCGGGGUUCACCCAAUGCCGAGAAUCACAUGUAUCGGGGCAGGAGGAGGAAAGUCGGCGCACGCUAUGA